UUGAGUGUCCUCAUUUUACUACACUAAUAUGGCUAUCCCAAGAGCAUUUGCUUCCCUCUCUCUGGCCCUGCUUCUUGUUGCUUCUCCUCUUUGCUGCAUGGCAGAUUUCAUACUUUACUCUGGGGAAUCCCUCCGCUCUGGCCAAGCCUUGUACUAUGCGAGCUACACUUUCAUUAUGCAGUCCGACUGCAACCUGGUCGAGUAUGAUAAUGGCAACGCAAUAUGGGCUUCCGGCACUAACGGCCGAGGCACCAACUGCUACGUCACUCUGCAGAGUGAUGGUAACCUGGUCAUUUAUGACAACAACAACAAUGCUGUGUGGGCAAGCAACACCAACGUGGGACAAGGCAACUACGUUCUCAUCCUCCAGAAAGAUCGCAACGUCGUCAUCUAUGGCGGUGCACUCUGGGCAACCAACACCAACACCGUAGGCGUCUCUGGCGGUAUGUUCAUCGAAAGUAAGGCCACCAUCUUUGGUUCUUUGCCCGCUAAUAAAACUACAGCAGAUCAAACCAAGGCUGCACGCAUUUCCAUGGUCGUCAACAACUGAUGCUGAAGCUCACUGAACAAUAUAUAUAUAAUAAGCGCAUCCAUCGUCAUCGUUCAUGCAUGCACGAGUUAUAAUAAGUUGCCUCGCCUUGUAUUACAUAUGUAGCCGGCGUGUCAAGUUUCUACUGUUGCUGUUGGUAACGAGAAGUAGCUAGCUCUUGCCAAACAUCGUUCAUG